AUGGACUCUCGCUGGCCACCCCAACAAUCUCCCCUCCCCACCAGCGCAAUCACAAUCCUCAGCGGCAUCGUCACCCUCUACCUCGCCCACUCCGCUCUAGUCUACUACUUCGACUCCCCCAUCCUCUCCCCCAUCCUCUCCCCCCUAGAACUCGUCUGGAAUGCGCUGGUCUUCCUCACUCCCCAACGCUUAGUCCUGGAUGGUGCCAAGAGAGCGGAAUUACGAGCGAACGAUAUGCUGGCGCAGACACAUGCUGCGAAGAGUGAGGCUUUGCGGAGGGUGCUGGGGAUGGGAGGAGCGGCGUUGACGCACAAGCUUGUUGGUGGCGAGGGGAUUAUGAGGGGGAUGAGUGGGUUUGGUGCUGCUGGAGGUCAGGAGGAGGAUGGGAGUGGGAGUCGAAGUGAUGUCCCGCCUGGCUUGGGCAAUUGGGAUAAUUCCUGUUAUCAGAAUAGUGUGUUACAAGGUCUCUCCUCCCUCGACUCGCUGAAGAAGUAUCUGGGUGCUCCUAGGACGUCGGUGGUGGAGGCAGAGAGGGACACCGAGAGCACGACGGCGAGUCUACAGCAGACUGUCUUGAAGUUGCGUGGAGUGGAGAACAACGGCAAUCAGCUUUGGACACCCGCGAAGCUGAAGAAUAUGAGUUCUUGGCAGCAGCAGGAUGCGCAGGAGUACUUUUCCAAAAUCAUGGAGGAUUUGGAUAAGGAGGCUGCGAAGGGGAUGGAGGCAAUGAAGGCAGAGGUCGGGCUUGAGGCCGCCAUGAGGGAUGCUGAGGUGGCACACGAGGUUGAAGAGGAAAAUGCCCCUGCCCGGAAUCCUCUCGAAGGUCUACUCGCACAACGUGUCGCAUGCACACGCUGUGGCUUCUCCGAGGGCCUGUCGAUGAUCCCGUUCAAUUGCUUGACGGUGCCACUCGGCUCAAGCGAUUUGUACAGCUUACAGGACUGCCUAGACGAAUACACCAAGCUCGAAGAAAUCCCCGACGUCGACUGUCCAAAAUGCACUCUUCUCCGCGCCGAGAACCAACUGCAGCAGAUGCUCCCACCCGAACCUCAAGACCCACAACACCAACAACAACAACCAUCAUCACCACUUCCCCUUUCACCCUCAUUCCCCCUCAACCUCCCCCCCGAACUCCGCCUCCUCGCCACAGACCGCCUCAAUGCCAUCCAACAAGCUCUGCAGGAAGACGACUUCACCGACACCACCCUAACAUCAACCUGCCAGAUCCCCAAAAAGGCCCACGUCUCCAGCACCAAAACCCGACAAGCGGUCAUCGCCCGCGCGCCGCAAGCACUAGUGAUCCAUAUCAACCGCAGCGUUUUUGAUGAGCGGACGGGAGUGCAGAGGAAGAAUUAUGCGGGGGUGGGGUAUCCGGCGGUGCUUGAUUUGGGGGGGUGGAUGUUUGGGGGCCGGGUGGUGGAGGGGGGUGCGAGGGUGUCGAUCCUGGACGGCGGUAGGGGUAAAGGGCAGGAUUGGGAGUGUUUGUUUCGAUUGAAAGCCGUGAUUCAGCAUUAUGGCCGGCAUGAGAAUGGGCAUUAUAUCGCUUAUCGACGGCAUCCUGCUGCUGUGAGGGGACGGGAGGGUGGCGAGGAAAAGCAGGCGGAGGAUGAUGGGUUGGAUUGUGAAAGUGGGGUUGGGAAGGUAGAGGAUCAGUGGUGGCGGCUUAGCGAUGAGGAUGUGAGUCCCGUGAGCGAGGACGUUGCGUUGGGGCAGGGUGGGGCGUUUAUGUUGUUUUAUGAGCGGGAGGGUGGCGGGGAUGAGAUGCCGGUGCGUGAGAGGGCUGAGGAGAUGGCGGCGGCAGUUUGUGAGCCUAUGGCCGAAGACGCGAAGGUGGAGGAGUCUCCUCAUGUUGCUAUGGAAGGGAUUGGGCAUGAGGAUAUCAGCACUAGUACCGCCGUACCCGACACGACCGACGAAUCGACAGCCACCUCGUCUACACUUCCACCCAUCGCUACCCCCGAGCUUCCCACUACCCCUGAGGAACUAUCGCCACCCUCAAGAACAGACGAUCACGAGCUCUCUCCUCUCGAUCCACACGAGCCAGUCUCCAUCUCCAACACCUCCCCUCCUCCACCGCAGCACCCACAGCUUCUCCCUUCCUCCAACCCGAUGCGCACGGCUCGCGGUCGACAGACGUCGAGGGAUGGUAAUGGGAAGACGGGGUUUGGGGGAAAUGUUUGUAGGGCUAUGGCUGCGACUUGA